AUGGAGAGUCCGAAGCUUAUCACAGACAUGAUUGCCCACUGGCGGAAACGUACCAGUGACUCCACCGCGUCCACAACAUCGAACCGGAGCAGUCUUCAGCCAACACAGAUAUCAUAUCUAUCGCAGACAGCACAAGUAUCAUCACAGCCAUCAAUUGGCCUACAAUCAUGUCAACAGCAGAAAACGCAUCUUCCGGAACGGGAAGAGUCGCGCGCAUUAUCAGCGCAGCAUGAUUUCCCGAACCGGGAGACCCGCGAAGUCAGUGAUGCUGAUGGGGUACAGAUUAAGAGCCAGGCCUUGGGAUCGGCGUCAGUAUCGACGACAGUAUCAGUGCCAACGACAACACCUUCAGCAGCUCCACCAUCAGCACAAACGCCAGCGACAGCCAUUGCAAAUGCGCCAUCAACGUUAUCACCUCAGGCUUUGACGUGGAAAGAGUUCACCGCGUCCAGACCACCUGCUCCUGAGGGAAAUGAGAAGCAUUCGUUGUUGAUGGAAUGGAUCGACAUCAAUGCAGUGAAAAUGGAGGGGUCGGAUGUCGUUGUGUAUAGGAAAAAGUUGCCUGUGAAGAGCAAAGGCGAGGAGGGCGAGAACUGA